UCGAAAGUUGAGAGAAACGGGCCAGUUUGAAACGGGCCAGUUUGAAACGGUAGCAAAUAGAACGCGAAGAACGCAAGGGUUGGAACUCGAAACCCGAUGGAGGGACAGAAACUCAGAGUCUCUGACGGGGCAGGUCAACCCUCCCACAAAGGACACCUCAAAACACUGGAUGAAAUAUUAAGAAGUCGGCCCGCGCCCCGCCCAGUGCCGCCCACAUGGCCGCUGCCUCCGUCCCCGCGUCCCUGCCCUGCGCUGCCCGCCGCCCCUGAGAUGUCGGCAUCCGCUAAGCCCGCGGCCCUGGCAGAGCUGGCUCCGGGCCCCGGUGAGAAGCCGGGGGGACGGCCGCUCCUGGCCUGGGGCCCCGUGUUCGGCCACCGGAGUGAGAAGAUCGCGUUUGGCCAGAGCGAAGGUGGCCCCGACGAGCAGGUGCUCACGGUCACCGUCACCGAGACGACUGUCAUCGAGGCGGACCUGGGCGUGUGGGGUGCCCGUGCCCUCAUCUACCUCACACUCUGGUUCUUCUUCAGCUUCUGCACCCUGUUUCUCAACAAGCACAUCCUGUCCCUGCUGGAAGGGGAGCCCAGCAUGCUAGGGGCCGUGCAGAUGCUGUCAACCACGCUCAUCGGCUGUGUCAAAAUAUUUGUUCCCUGCUGUUUGUAUCAGCACAAAACCCGGCUUUCUUACCCUCCCAACUUCAUCAUGACCAUGUUGUUCGUGGGUCUCAUGAGGUUUGCAACAGUGGUUUUGGGUCUGGUCAGCCUGAAAAAUGUGGCGGUGUCCUUUGCUGAGACGGUGAAGAGCUCGGCCCCCAUCUUCACUGUGAUCCUGUCCCGGACCGUCCUGGGGGAGCACACCGGGCUGCUGGUCAACCUCUCGCUCAUCCCUGUCAUGGGCGGCCUGGCGCUGUGCACGGCCACCGAGAUGAGCUUCAACUUCUUGGGGUUUUCGGCCGCCUUGUCCACCAACAUCAUGGACUGUUUGCAGAACGUUUUCUCCAAAAAGCUCCUCAGCGGGGACAAAUAUAGGUUCUCGGCCGCGGAGCUGCAGUUCUACACCAGCGCGGCAGCCGUGGCCAUGCUCGUCCCGGCCUGGAUCUUCUUCAUGGACUUGCCGGUGAUCGGGAGGAGCGGGAGGAGCUUCCGCUACAGCCAGGACGUGCUGCUGCUGCUGCUGGCGGACGGCGUCCUGUUCCACCUGCAGAGCGUCACGGCCUACGCCCUCAUGGGGAGGAUCUCCCCCGUGACCUUCAGUGUCGCCAGCACCGUCAAGCACGCCCUGUCCAUCUGGCUCAGCGUCAUCGUUUUCGGCAACAGGGUCACCAGCCUGUCAGCCGUGGGCACCGUGCUGGUGACAGCCGGAGUCCUGCUCUACAACAAGGCCAAGCAGCAGCAGCGGGAGGCCAUGCAGAGCCUGGCUGCGGCCACCAGCCAGUCCCCGGACGGCAGCCCGGAGCCGCUGCUCCCCCCGGACCCCCGGCCACGCCACUGAGCCCCGCAGCCUCAGGGGCGCCGCGCACCACGCCCCUCCUCGCCAGCGGGGCACCCCCUUCGCCUCUCCCGCUCCCUGGACGGCAGGCGUGGGGCCUCCGGCUCCACGGGUCACGGUCCGGGUGUGGGAGGUGCGGGUGGGCAGCCUUUCCCGCUCUUUUCUGGGACGUUCGGUCGGAGCUGGGGGAGCUCGAAUCGGGCUCCCAGACGUCAGCCCCUGGGGCGCAGACCACAGCUGCCACUGAGCCGUUGCCGAGCCACGCGAGACCCUCCUCCCGGCGGCCUCUGCGCACCCCUGCAGCCAGGCCAGGCCCCGACUCCUCUGUGGCUGACGACCGCUGGGGACAGCUGCGAAGCCAGCGGCCGCCCUCCCCGCUUGUAGCCGGCGGAGAGAACCCGCUUCCCCACGCCAGCCAUCGGCGGCCACCGGAGGUACGUCCGGCUCCUCGGCCGUCAGGGAGUCUGUCCGCUGGGCUCAGACAGGCUGCCCCACUGCCCGGACACGGAGGCCACGGCAUCGGGGCACAGAGCGGAGAGGGGACAGCUGGGGUGCAGAGACCGGGGUUCCCUGCUCCUGAGGAUGGAGUGUCCGGCCCCGGCCUCCCGGCCUCCCUGCCUCCCGCCCGAGGCGGAGCUGCCCGCACCAGCACCACUUAGGGAAGGCGGCCCCACCCCUUUCUGUGCCUGCUGCGCUGAGCUUCUCGCCUCCUGAAGGUCCAGCCCUCACCUGCGGCCGGGGCGUCCCCAGAGGCCCCGACGUGGUUUCCAGCCCGAGGCUGCGGGCAGCGCCCCGCGGUGUUUGGCUCAGGGAGGGGGCUCCUGUCCCUUCUGCUCCCCUGGUUGAGAGGCAGGCUGUUCGGAGCGCCCCCGGGGAGCACGCGUCCCCACUCAGCUGGUCAGGAGCCUUGCCUUGUCUCAUCAACGAGGCUUUGAGGAUUUUCCCUCGUGAAUGAUGAGCAGGACGAGUGUGGAAUAUUUACAGUUUUUGUUAUGCUGCGUUUAAAAUGACAGUGCGUUUAAAAUGACAGUACAGUUUUUGUUAUGCUGCGUUUAAAAUGACAGUGUAGGUUUUUAAAAGGAAACACAGGCAUAGGUGGCUUCUGGAACGCAUCGUGUAUGCCAGGUAAACCACAGUCAGACCCGCGGCCCGGGCCGGCCCUCCUCCUCCAGAGCAGACAGACGGACGGCCAGGUGUUUGAGGCCUGUGGUGGGCUGAGGCUCCACCCCUCGCUUCACCCCUUGCCUCGCAGCCUGUUGGGAUUUCUGAACGGGAUGCAGCCCCCUCCCUCCCACCAGGCUCGAGCUCUGGGGCUUGUCGGGUGCAGCCCUACUCGGGGCCGCAGGCUGGCCACCCGGCCAUCUCCAGCCAGCCUGCGGACAGAGCCACCCGAAGGCACAAAUCGUUCCCUGAGUCUCAGGCAACAGUCCCAGCUGUUCGGGGCCUGGGCUCCCUGAUUGCUUCUCUGGUUUUCCAGUUGGCUUCUCAACUGGAAAAUAUAAAAUAGCCCCUCCUGGAGAGCAAAUCUCUUGGAAACAAAGAGCAAUAACUACAUCUCAUUAAGUUCUGCUAACUUUAAAAAGCUUGUAAUGAUGAUGGAUUAAAAUGAGGCCUUUUAAACUACAAACAACCUUUUUACGAAGCUGACCUCCUGCUCCAGAGGACGGCGGGUCACACGCACCUUCACUGUGCAGGGGUUGCUCGUGUGACUUUCCCAGGUUUUAUCCCUUUCCUCUUUUUCUGCUUCCCCCCAAAACAAAACUAAAGAGGAUUCUUUGGCGGUAGCUGGGGUGGCCGGCUGGUGCAUUGAUCUGUGAGGACCAGAGAGAAAGCACCGUUUCCCUGGGGCUGCUGCCUCUGCGCUCAGACUGUGGCCACUGUGCCCACGGCUGAUGGUGAGACGUGAACAGAAGGGGCACAUCUGUGGUCGCCCACGGCAGACUGUCAUCUGAGUGUGGUCAGGUGCCAGCCGCCUGUGUCCGAGUGUUGUUAGGGACCUGGGUCCCUGCCUCCCGUGGACGUGCCCCUCCCUCCACUCUCAUCCUGUUUUGAUUUUCUAAGAUAUUAGGACCAAGAAAGAUUUUCCUAAAUUAUUAGUAAAUGAGGCAAUUUCUAGCAAAGCUGCUUUUGAGACUUCUCCUCAUCCCGGGUGGGAGACCACAAAACAUGUGCUGCAGCUGCAUUCUGUCUGCAUCUCCACCCCUAAGUCGUCCACAUGUUGGGCGUUUCCGGGACAGCCCUGCGCCGAGAGUCAAAACCCGCAGCCUGGCAAUGGCAUUUGUUUAAUAACCGUACAGACACGUUUUUAAAUUAACUUUGUUUAGUAGUUUUUUAGGAUGUUCUUUUCACUGAACCAUUGCAGGCGUGCUCGUACCAGUGUUGACACUGGGUGUCGUGUGUUACAUUGGGUCCAUUCCUCCUGUGUCUUUGGUCGUUGUCCGUGCCUUUGUAAACAAACGCUUGAACCAGGCUUCUGAAUCUGGUCAUCUGCUUACUUACAUUGAUACUUAGAGAUGUAGAGAUCUCUGGCUUUCAAGGAAAUUUCCACUACUGAGUGGCAUAAAAAAGGCUUUUUUAAAAAAGAAUUCUGAUAGUCAUAAUUUCCUGCAUAUCAGCAUUAAAAUCAUCUGCCUUGGAAAGCUGAGAAUACUCUUGCACAAUCCAAAAUGUGUCUUUAAUUUGUGAAUCAAACAGUAAAAAAUUGCUGCAUGAGGAAUAUCAUCCACAUGGAGCCGUGCUCGCCACCGGCCCUUGAAAUACUUUCCCCAAACUGGUGGGCUUUCCCUCCUGUGCGGCGCUGACUGUCCCAUGGAUGGUCAUUUAUAGACGGGCCAGAGGGGAUCAAAGAAAUGCAACAUGUCUUUUUACAUCUGUCCAGGGGCUGUGCUUCCUGAUGCCUGAAAGUAUUUUCACUGUUCCCCUGGGUUGGAAAAAUUAAACAAGGAUGUUAUUACAGGUAGAAACUCUCCUCUCUUUUUGCCUUUGACCAACAUUGUGCUCAGGGCUCUGUUCUUUUCCAAAACACGUACAUGCCCUGGUUGGGACCUCUUUGUUUUCUUAGUUUAUAAAUAAGAACGUCCCAGCUCCCCUGAAGAGUCUGCCUAUUUCUCUAUCCCGGCUGAGGAGCCGAGAGCAGAGUCAUGAGGUCGUGCUGACCAUCGCUUGGCUUACUCGCCCUGCAGCUCAGGGUGCAAAACCUUCCAGUUUGCUGUCUCUGUCGUAUCUCCUCCUCUUCUCCUGAGGGCUGAGAUUCUGAGUUUGAUGGCCACUGGCUCCAUGCCUAGAUGUCCAAACUGAGUUGGAAACUGUUCUAAUUGGCAAAGUCUUUGGUUUUUUUUGGGUUUUUUCCCCCAGUUUUCAUCAGAGGAAAACUGGCAUUCAGCUGAUGUGCUAUUUCUAGACUGCAGAUGUGUGUGAGUAGUGUCUGCACCCGCCCAGGGCAGUGUUGUGGGCACCACGUUGCAGAGGGCCACAGUGAGAGUGACUUUCCCACACUGAAAAACUUGAAAAUUAUAUCAGUAAUUGUCUAUAUCAGAACCAAAUUAUAUGUGCUUUAUACCAAACAAAACUGCGGAGAACUAAAAGUACAUUGUGCAAAAUGUCUAUAGUGUUUUGUAUUUCACCUAUUUCAGUAUUUAUGUGAUUAGAUGAAUUCUUUCUAGAAAAUGGUGGUUAAAUAAUUGUCACUGUUAAUUCUGCUAUGGUAAUACAUGGAUGCUGUACAGUGAAUCCUGUGGAUGCCCCCUGGUUAUUUUUGUCUAAAUUAAGCCACCAUGGUAGCAACUAUCUAGGACUCUUGUUAUGCAAAAGUAAAAUAAAUGUUCAGCGUGUA